AGUGUGACUGCUUUCCUUCCGUCCCCCUCGUCGGACCGUAAACAUAAGGAUAAAUAAUCGUUGAAAAGGGGUCCCACCCUUUCAUGUGGGACUGAGAUUAAUAUUAAUUAACGUGUACCUGUGUAGUUUAAAUGGAGAGAGGUGGAAGAUGGUUCUUCACGAGGGAACAAUUGGCGGACACACCGUCGAGACGUGCUGGCAUGGAGGCGGACAGGGAGGCUCGCUACAGACGCCAGGCCGUUAAUUUCAUUCGUCAUGUGGGACAGAAACUUGCUCUUCCACAACUAUGGAUAAAUACAGCCUCAAUCCUCAUGCACAGAUUCUUCAUGUAUCAAUCGUUCACUCGUUUCGACAGAAAUGUACUGUCCCUAGCGGUUCUAUUUUGCGUUGCUAAAUCAUUCAAGGAGGAGGACGGGAGGAUAUACCCAGAGCCAUUCCUAAAAACUGCCCACUCCUGCCUCUACAGAGAUUUACCACCCCUAGACUCCCACUCUCCCCAAUACGAGCAGCAAUUAGAGGACUUGCUGUUUUAUGAGUAUGUCCUGCUUGCGACACUGGGCUUUGAUUUAGACAUUGAUCAUGCACACACUCACAUUUUGAAGAAUUCUCAUUUAGUCACUGCGACCACGGCUUUAACCAAGGUUGCGCACGACAUAGCAUCACGCAGCCUGGAGUUCACCACGAUGUGCCUGCAGUAUAAACCAACAGCAGUCGCCUGUUUCUGUCUUCAGCUGGCUUGUCAAUGGGCAAAUUGGGAGAUACCUCCCCCGAAGGACGGUAAGCCCUGGUUCCACCAAGUCGACGAGACGCUCACCCAGGACCUGAUCAACCACCUGCUCUCCAAGUUUCGUCACAACGUUGGUGGCUACUACCCCCACCUCCAGGAGAAGAUAAUGUCGUUCUGCUACAAGAACAGUCCAGUCACCCCUCACCCCAGCCCCUCGCACUCCCCCUGGAGGGAGCCCCCCAAGGUCCACUGCCCCCUCCCCUCCCCAGACCCCAGCUGCCCCCUGGCAGGUUCCUCAGGUCCCCCCAACCCCCAAUUUCCACCCCCUCAACCCCAUCCCCGCCCCUUCCAGCGUCCUCCAGACUACCUCCACCCCCCGCCACCCCCUCACCCCCACCAAAAAGAUCACCAAAGCCCCCCAGAUCCCUCCAAACCCCGUCCUCUCCCCAGAAGUCAUCACCAGAGGCUUCAAAACUCCUCAAAAAAUUAUUCACCUGCUCCUGGGCACCACCACCGUCACCACCAGAAGCCACCAAACCCUUUAAAAAGCCACUCAAAUGCUCAAAAUCCUCCAGGACACCAUCACAGGCAUCACCUGGAGCAUCACCAGAAGUCGGCAGACCUCAGCUACCUCAACUCCCCCAUCAUGACCCCAGACAUCCCCGAGGACCAGAGAAUAGAGAGUUCAGGGGGAAAAAUCGUCAGCUCGAUGACCCCAGGGGCUCCAGUAAUUCAACCAAAUCUAGAGGCCCCUGAUGACCUCCUGGAGAUGGCACCCCCUGACAACUUCGACUUCGAGCACACCUUCAUGAACGUGAUGGAGAGUUUGACGUCGAUAACGAAACCAGACACUUGUAGAUUGGAUAAAUCAGAUGGGGGGGCUGGAGGGCUGCAGGAGGUGCCCUCGAUGCCUUCUGGAGUCGAUUCCAUAGACUCCGGAGUAUUUUCUCAGUCUCUGAGUCAACCAUUGAGUCAAGGAAACAUCCCUCAGGGUUCGGACUCUCAGUUGAAACGAAAAUUUGAGGCAAUUUCAGGGAAAAACGAAUCGUUCUCUUCGAUUUUCGAUCCUCCAGAUGAUGUGGACGAGGCACAUCUCGAGGGUUUAGAUGACAAUGACAAUGAUCUCUCGAGGAGUGACAGGAAGAGGAAGAGGAAGAAGGAUAAGCACAAAAGGGAGAGGAGGAGGGAGAGGAAGGAGAAGGAGAGGGCUGAGAGGGAGAGGGCAGUAUCACCGAUUACACUUAAAAUUCCACGUGAGAAACUGGGAAAUUUUGGAGACGACAUUGAUAAGGGCCUGGGGGAGGAGGGGGCGAUGAGGAGAAAGAGGCAGAGGGAGGACGACGGGGAGGUAGAGGCGAAGAGGAGAUAUCAGGGAGAUUAAGGAGAGAGAAUAUGACUGAGUUGUGUGGGAGUUGGUUAUCUAGUGCCUUAGAUGCAUUUCUACUUUGAAAAAUGAUUUUCAAGUUUGAGAGAUGUUGGAAGUUACCAGAUUACUUGAUUUAUAGUAAAGUUUAUUUGAUAAUUA